GAACAUUGAAAAUUUCGACACCCUCCAAAUCAUUCUCCGACCCUACGAAUUUAGAUAUUCCCAGAAAGACGCGGAUAAUUUUUAUUAUCACUGCCAUAGCAAAAAUCCAGAACGAUCGGCACAAGUUUUUAUCGAAUCCCUGACUUUCAUCAAACCGCCGUCAUCCUCUGAAGAAUUACUAGAUAUCCUCAUUACGAAAAAUUGGAAACGACUGGAAACAACCUCUUUCACCCCUCCAUCGGAUGAAGAUAUUGCUAAAUUUGUUAAAAAGAAUAUCCGAAAAAGUUUAGACGGGUAUUUUACCAAUUACCAAGCUCAAACCGGACAUAGGUUUACGCCAGCAGAGCAAUACGACUUUGAUAACGAUCAACCUUUUGGCGAUAACCCACAACCAGUAGACCUCGAUCGAGUCUUUAGUGUUGAAAAAGAAGACGAAGUAGACCUACAAUCGGACGAAUUCGAGGAAAAAUCAGACGAAGAGUUCGAACAAGCCCUAGAACAGACCGAAGAAAACAACAUAAUAGUGGAUAUCGACAAUCUAUACUUCAACGCUUGGAAUCCACAAGCAGACGUACCAGCCUACCAGCCUAAUCCUCAACCAUACAGACUUCCUUCACCACCACCAGAUUUACCACAAAAUCCACCAGUAGCACCUCCAGUAGUGCCUCAGCAAAUUCCUCCAGUAGCUCCACCACUUCCUCCAUUUCAACCUCCACAACAGCAACAGUACCAGGGAGAAGAAAUGUCACAAGCAUCAUACCCCACUUUCGAUGGUACCAAUCCCCGUAAAUGGAUUGCCGAACUAGAACUGGCAUUCAUUGCUAAUAAUUUGCCAGCAGACACUCAUCCGAGAAAAAUUGGAAUCACAGCCUUACACUUAGGCCCAGCUAAAAUGUGGUAUGUAACUAUGGACAAUAAACCUACCACAUGGGGAAGAGCAAAUGCAAGAGACGGUUUCAAAGAAUUGUUUCUAGCCAAGUAUGCUACUGAUGGCAACCGAACGCAAGCAUCCCAACAGGCCUAUGCACGUACUCAAAGGAAAACAGAGUCAGUAAAUGAUUAUCUGAAUGCCCUGCAGGAAAUGUGGUUGGAAUGUGGCGAUCCAGCAGUCAUGCCAGAAUGGAUGAAAGUAAAUCAAUUCGUCCAUGGACUACUGCCAGCGAUAAGAACUCCAGUAAUGCAGCAAGCACCAGGAACCAUGGCCCAAGCCAUUCAAUUCGCCAAUAAUUGUUUCUAUGCGAUGAGGGCUAGUGUCCAACCAUCCCACAGUGCAGAAGUCAAUGAUGCACUUUUAGAAGAAAUUGCGGCGUUAAAGGCAUGUACACAGAGAAUGCCAAAUCAAGACCAGGGACAUCAGACAGGGAAGAAAACUCAACUGGGCAGUACCGAGAAAGAACAAUCAAGGACAGGGAAAAGGUCAGCCACGUCAGUAGAGGGCUCUGACAGUGGCAAUCGAAUAAGACCCUCGCAUGGAGCAAAGCAGUAUGGGGACUCUGACGUUUCAGGACCUACAUAUUGUAGCGCUUUUGUAGAGGAAGUGGAGAGUAGGAUUCUAGUCGAUACUGGAUCCUCAGUGACGAUAAUUUCUAGUGAACAUUUCGACCUCAUCACUGGAAAAAUGAAGAAGAAACCUAUCCUUGAAAGUUUGAAUUAUCAGAUACAGGGAGUAACCAGACAUAGAGAACGACCUAGAGGAGAAGUGAAAAACUUACCAUUAAGAUUCAAGAAGAACGGACCAACAUGGGGACUAAACGCGUGUAUAACAGAAGCAGCAACAGCAGAUAUCAUAUUAGGCACGAAUUUCCUUUUCAGAUAUAAUGCAAAGCUCAAUCUAGCAAAGAAAAAGCUUGUUCUGAAUAGAGAAGAUGGAAUGACAGAAUCAGUACCUCUGGUAGAAAAGAAGGAAAUGAACACUCGCUCGGUCAACGUCAUAGAAAAGAUGGAUUUAGACCCCAAUCCAAACUGGAAAUGUGAAAAAGGCCCAAAACCAGACCAAUGUAUACCUGCAUACAUACCAGAAGACCAAGAUGAUUAUAGAAUAAGAUGCUCUAAGUGUGCUUCAAGACACGAAGAAGAA